CUUCGGCUAAAGCCCUUCUUCGUCUUCUCCAUCUCACUCCUCGUGCCUUCCUCCAAUGGAGUCACUCCUGCACGCGUCUUCCUCUCUACUAUCUCUCAGGCCCAGAAUAGACGGCCGAGAUUCGUUCAUCAACUCUCCCCGCGUGUGCCUCAUACCUAGUCUCGCCCCCAGAGGAUCAAAGUCUCUUCCUUUGGUCAUCGCCGCCGCUAAGAAGAAGAAAAGCAAGAAAGACGACAGCCAUAGCUUCUCCGCUAGACCUGACGAAGCCACCGGCCCGUUUCCUGAAUCCAUUCUUCUCAAAGAGAAGAAGAUUGAUGAGGAAGGUGAUCUUCUUCCUGAGUUCGCUGAUGAUGAAGAAAAGGAGCUAUACGAGUUUCUUGAUCUUCAGCUUCAGAGUGACUUGAAUGAAGAAAGGAUGAGGCACUAUGAGGUGGUUUACUUGAUUCAUGAGAAACAUGCAGAGGAGGUUGAAAGCGUCAAUGAGAAAGUUCAAGAGUUCUUGAAGGAGAAGAAGGGGAAAGUGUGGAGGUUUAGUGACUGGGGGAUGCGUAGACUGGCGUAUAAGAUACAGAAGGCAGAGAACGCACACUAUAUACUGAUGAACUUUGAGAUGGAAGCGAAACACUUGAACGAGUUCAAAGGAAUGUUGGAUAGUGAUGAGAGGGUGAUUAGGCAUCUCGUGAUGAAACGUGAUGAGGCCAUUACGGAAGACUGCCCUCCCCCUCCCGAGUUUCACUCUGUUCGUGCAAGUAUGGACGGGGAUGAUGACUUUUAUGAUGAUGAUGAGGAGGAGGAAGAAGAGUUUGAUGAAGAGGAAGAAGGUGAUGAUGUAGAGUAUGAAGUAGAUGAUGAUGGUAAUGUUGUUAUGGUGGUGUAUGAAGAAGAUGAAGAAGAACAAGGACAGGACCAGUCAAAUAAAGGCAUAAGAGAAAAAAAACGAACAACAGUUAACGUUUGAUGAGGUUUAGAGAGCUGUUUUGUAGAGAUCUUCAGUGUUUUGGGACAUGGAAUUUGUAUAACAAAUAUCACAUCAUCAAAAGUACUUUUCUUUUUAUUUAAUUAUCAUAUCAUAUUCAUUUUC